AUGCCAACAAUCUUACUGCCAUCAUCAGCCGCCGCUUUUGCGCCGCGAUCCUCCCCGAAUGUGGUGUUGAAUACCAAGGUGGCACCAUGGUUGACGGCUACUUUGAAACGAGUCAAUCGUGUCAAGCGUCCUUUGAAUAAUGUCACCCAACACACCCGGUGCCUGACGGAGACUUUGUCAUCAAAGAAUGCGAUUUGGACCCUGUGUUCCAUGAUGUUCACCAAGGCCCCCGAGGCGGAGCUGCGGAAGGACGAGAAUCCACUUGUGGAAGGUCUAUUCAAUUAUCAGAUGAUCCACAUUGAGGCCUACGUCGUUCACGUCGACAUGGUCUCCCGGAACGAGGUCGCAUUCAAACUAACCCCGGAGACGAUUGAAGCCCUGGUGGAUUAUCAUCAAGACGUCUACUCGGUGGAUGCGGCCGCCAACACGUGGGACUGGUCCGGAAAGCAGAGCCAGCUGAAGAAGUUACAGGAGGAGUUUGUCCAAGCUGCUAACAGAUUCGUGUACCGUACUGAUGCCGAAGCCCUGGAGGGACUAGAGGAAGAUGGUGCCGGAGACCUAAUGUGUGGGCGAGGCGAAGACGCCAAGCAGGCCAUCGCGAAUCUAUUCGUGCCCCUGCUACCACCUCCACCACGGGUGGUGGAUGUGAUGCGCGCCGUCCCUCUCCUGCCUAGUUCGACCGGCCCGGAAGCCUGGUGGCACCCCAUCCCACCGUCCGCGCAACUCGAGUCGUGGAAAGUACUGCCGCCCAGUCCAACCCCGGCCAACACGGAUGAUUCUAAUCCGAAUCUUUGGGCCAGUCUCAGUUUCAGUGAUGCGCAGCUGCCAUCACCGACCCCGUCCUACUGCCAGCCGUACACCACCGCCCCGUACCCGUACGACAUGGUAUCGACUUCGGCCGCCUUCGCGCCCCUCCCGCUCCCGAGUACGCUCGUGCAACCUUGCAGUACCAUGGCGAACAUGACAGGCUUCGGCUGGGGAGACUUCGCUCCGCUGCCCUACGGCAUGACUAUCUAA